AUGGCUUCCGACGCCGCCAGCCGCCGUUCACCGCCGCACAACACGGUGGCCAUCCUCAUGGUGCCCUUCCCCCUCCAAGGCCACCUCAACCAGCUCCUCCACCUCUCCCGCCUCAUCUCCGCCCGCGGCCUCCCCGUCCACUUCGCCGCCGCCCCUUCCCACUCCCGCCAAGCCCGCCUCCGAGCCACCACCACCGCCCACGACCACCACGACUCGACAAUCACCUUUCACGAAAUCCCUUCCCUCCCUUACUCGUCCCCACCUCCCGACCCGAACUCAACGACCCGUUUCCCAACUCACCUCCAACCCUUGAUCGAGGCCACCUCAAGCCUCCGAGAGCCCGUGGCAGAGAUCCUCCGGGACCUCUGCGCGGCCAACCGUCGAGUCGUGGUCGUCCACGACUCGAUGAUGGGGUUUGUGGUCCAAGACUUCGUCCGUUACCAGAACGCGGAGGCCUACACGUUCCACAGCGUGUCGGCAUACGCGAUUUUCCUCUUCCUAUGGGAGAGUGCCGGGAGGCCGUUCGACCUCCCGGCAGAUCUCCUGCAGGAAAAGGACAUCCCGUCGCUCGACGGCUGCUUCAGCCCCGAGUUCGGGAGUUUCGUUCAGACCCAGCACGAGUUCAUCAAACUGAACUCGGGCCGGGUCUACAACACGUGUCGGGCGGUCGAGGGCCCAUUCAUGGAGCUCAUCGAACGGGCGGAGAUCAGUGGGGGGAAGCAGCAAUGGGCCCUCGGCCCGUUCAACCCGAUCGGCAACUCGGAGAGAACUGGAGUGAUCUCUCCCGGCUCGCGCCACGCGUGCCUGAAAUGGCUCGACGGGCUCGAGUCGGGCUCGGUCGUGCUGGUCUCGUUCGGGACCACGACCACCUUUCCGCGAAAACAAAUUCACGAGCUCGCGAUCGGAUUGGAGAACAGCGGGCAGAAGUUCGUCUGGGUCCUACGAGACGCCGACGUGGGAGAUGGUGUAAUAACGAAGCAUGAUGAUGACAUCAUCGCGCUUCCGGAAGGGUUCGAGGGGAGGGUCGAGGGUCGUGGGCUCGUGGUGCGCGAGUGGACCCCGCAGGUGGAGAUAUUGGGCCACGAGGCGGUGGGAGGGUUCGUGAGCCACUGCGGUUGGAACUCGUGCAUGGAGAGCAUCUCAAUGGGGGUGGCGAUGGGUGCGUGGCCCAUGCACUCGGACCAACCGAGGAAUGCGGUGCUGGUGACGAAGGUGUUGGGAGUCGGGAUAACGGUUAGGGAGUGGGCCCGGAGGGACGAGAUCGUGGGGGCCCGAGAAGUCGAGCAAGGGGUAAGAAGGCUCAUGGGGCCGGGGGAAGGGGCGGAGGUGAGGCGGCGGGCGGCGGAGCUUGGCCGCGCCGUGAGGGAGGCGGCGGCGGAGGAUGGUGGGCCGAUGAGGUUGGAGUGGGACUCUUUCAUUUCGCAUAUAAUUAGGUAG